AAAUCCGCAUGAAAAAACUGUUUCAAAAAUUUAAGCCGUUUUUCAAAAAAAAAUUCUCGUUCCUCAUGCGCUGGUACAGUUUGAAUCACAGUUGAGAAAGCAAACCAUUAACUCAUUUCUCAUCAUCGUGCUCUCUCUCUCCACCGUCCUUGCUCGGAUCUGCCCAAAUCUCCGCACCAACUUCCAUCAAUCACUUUCUCUCUCCUCCCGCCACCAUUCUAAAACCCCCAAUAACACACACCUAUUUGAUCCGAUUAACAACAUUUUCGAGAUUUAGAUCGAUCUCUAUCAACAACAAUGGCGACUAUGGAGAGCUUGAUUGGAUUGGUCAAUAAAAUUCAACGAGCUUGUACUGUUCUUGGAGAUCAUGGCGGCGAAGGUCUUUCUCUUUGGGAAGCGCUUCCUACUGUCGCCGUCGUCGGUGGUCAGAGUUCUGGAAAAUCAUCGGUGUUGGAAAGUGUUGUCGGAAGAGAUUUUCUUCCUCGUGGAUCUGGGAUUGUCACACGGCGACCUCUAGUGCUGCAAUUGCACAAGACCGAAAGUGGAACUGAAUAUGCAGAGUUUCUCCAUGCGCCAAAGAGAAAAAUGAGCGAUUUCGCUGCUGUCCGCAAAGAAAUAGCUGAUGAAACUGAUCGUAUAACUGGAAAGACAAAAGCAAUUUCUAAUAUCCCAAUUCACCUGAGCAUCUAUUCGCCAAAUGUUGUCAACUUGACACUUAUAGAUCUUCCAGGGCUGACAAAGGUUGCUGUAGAGGGACAACAAGAAAGUAUUGUUGAAGAUAUUGAGAACAUGGUUCGCAGUUAUGUCGAGAAGCCUAACUGCAUUAUCUUGGCUAUUUCUCCUGCUAAUCAAGAUAUAGCCACAUCAGAUGCUAUAAAGCUGGCGAGAGAAGUUGAUCCUUCAGGCGAAAGGACAUUUGGUGUUUUGACAAAACUUGAUCUGAUGGACCAGGGAACAAAUGCUCUAGAUGUUCUUGAAGGGAGAGCAUACAGGUUGCAACAUCCCUGGGUUGGUAUUGUGAAUCGUUCACAAGCUGAUAUCAACAAAAAUGUCGACAUAAAUUUUGCCCGUAGGAAAGAGAGGGAAUACUUUGAACAUAGCCCAGAGUAUUCUCACUUGUCUCACAAAAUGGGUUCUGAAUAUUUGGCGAAACUUCUAUCUCAGCAUAUGGAGGUUGUAAUAAGACAAAAAAUACCAAGUAUCAUUGCCCUUAUCAACAAGACAAUUGAUGAAAUUAAUGCUGAAUUGGACCGUAUUGGCAGACCCAUUGCAGCAGAUGGCGGGGCCCAAUUGUACACAAUAUUGGACUUGUGUCGUGCAUUUGAUAAAGUGUUUAAGGAGCAUCUUGAUGGCGGGCGGCAAGGUGGUGACCGGAUUUAUGGGGUUUUUGACCACCAACUGCCAGCUGCUAUGAAAAAGCUUCCUCUUGAUCGUCAUCUCUCAACAUCAAAUGUCCGGAAAGUUGUAUCGGAAGCUGAUGGAUACCAGCCCCAUUUGAUUGCUCCUGAGCAAGGAAUUAGAAGGCUCAUUGAUGGAUCACUUGGAUACUUUAAAGGACCUGCUGAGGCAACAGUUGAUGCGGUGCACCUGAUUCUGAAAGAACUAGUAAGGAAGUCAAUAGCUGCAACAUUGGAACUCAAGAGAUUCCCAUCACUUCAAAGUGAUAUAGCUGCUUCUGCUAAUAACUCACUGGAAAGAUUUCGUGAUGACAGUCGGAAAACUGUCUUGCGCCUGGUAGAGAUGGAGUCCACAUAUCUAACAGUUGAAUUUUUUAGGAAGCUUCAGCUUGAACCAGAGAAGAAUACCGGCAACCAACCAGCUUCAAAUUCUGAUCGUUACACUGAUAAUCAUCUUAAGAGAAUUGGAUCAAAUGUCUCAGCUUAUGUCGGUAUGGUUUGUGACACAUUGAAGAAUUCUAUCCCAAAGGCAGUCGUACAUUGCCAAGUACGAGAGGCUAAAAGAGCACUUCUCAACAACUUCUAUGUUCAAAUUGGGAAAAGAGAGAAAGAACAACUUAGUGCCAUGUUGGAUGAAGAUCCUGCACUAAUGUCCAAACGAGAAUCGUUAGCAAAGAGGCUUCAACUCUACAAGACAGCAAGGGAUGAUAUUGAUGCUGUGGCAUGGAACAGGUGAAGACAUACACACCAUCACGUUUUCCAAGUUAUAAACCGAUUCCGCGUGUAGUGAAAGGUGAAAUUCCCUCUAACAAGCUACUAUUCAGUUCACAGGCAUAACAUCCCUGAUACACAAAUUCAUUGGUCCUUGAGAAAAAUACUCCAUUGAGUUAAAAUUUGAGAUAUAGGAUAUAGCCCAUAUAGGGUGAUGGGAAGUGUUUGAGUUAGUGGAGUAUCAAGUUGAUUAUUACACUACCGAGAUGUGUUAUACUGUUAUAUGCUCCUUUAAAUGAUUGUAAUUCUUUUUUGAAAAACAUAAUGGCUCUUUCAGAGUUUCAGAUAUAAACUAAAGUCAGGGAGUAUACUUGUAAAUUGUGUUUUAAUGGAUCUUUUCCACUAAGGCAAAACACAUUGAUUAAUACAAAAAUCAUUUGUAUUGUUA